GCUGCCCCCGCUCCCGUCUCUAUAAUGCCGGCGCCGCUUUGCCCAGCGCACCGCAUCGCUCCAGCUGCAGUAACAGCCUGCCGGCGGCUUCGCUCCCUCCCCUCCGGCCCGGGGACGCUCCAGGAUUAGGGGAAGGGAGGGAAAUCCAUCAGGCGGGGAGGCAGGACGCGGAGGCGGGCCGGCAGCAUUCCUGCGCUCCGCCCGAGCCCGCAGCGCCGUACGGUGAGCUGCGGUGCGGGCGCAGGAAGGGGCCGAGCUGCCGGAGGUCCCAGGGGCGCCGGCGGCUCCCAGCGGCCCGGAUCCGCGGCUCGGCCCGCGCCGCUCGGGGCCGGCGGGGCUCGGAAGGCGCUGCUGCUGUCGCCCUCCCUCCCUCCUUCCUUCCUUCCUCCCUCCCUCCUUCUUUCCCUCCCUCCCUCGCCGAGCCGGGUCUCCCGGGAUGGGCCUCCAGGAGCUGGCGGUGUGGCUGCUGGCGGCGGCGGGGCUUGUGCGCGAGUCCCUGCAAGGAGAGUUCCAACGGAAGCUUUACAAGGAGCUGCUGAAAAAUUACAACCCUCUGGAGCGACCGGUUGCAAAUGAUUCCCAGCCGCUCACGGUCUACUUCACUCUCAGCCUCAUGCAGAUCAUGGAUGUGGAUGAAAAGAAUCAAGUAUUAACAACAAACAUCUGGCUACAAAUGUACUGGACAGAUCAUUAUCUACAGUGGAACGUGUCUGAAUACCCCGGAGUGAAGAAUGUCCGUUUUCCUGAUGGACUGAUUUGGAAGCCAGAUAUUCUUCUCUAUAACAGUGCUGAUGAAAGAUUUGAUGCUACAUUUCACACUAAUGUUUUAGUCAAUUCUUCAGGACAUUGCCAAUAUCUGCCACCAGGCAUAUUUAAAAGCUCAUGCUACAUAGAUGUGCGCUGGUUUCCAUUUGAUGUUCAGAAGUGUAACCUGAAGUUUGGAUCCUGGACUUACGGAGGCUGGUCCUUGGACUUACAAAUGCAAGAAGCGGAUAUAUCUGGCUAUAUUUCAAAUGGAGAGUGGGAUUUAGUAGGAAUUCCUGGGAAGAGAACUGAGAGUUUUUAUGAAUGUUGUAAAGAACCUUACCCAGAUGUAACAUUCACAGUAACUAUGAGACGUAGAACUCUCUAUUAUGGACUCAAUCUUCUUAUUCCUUGUGUACUGAUAUCGGCACUUGCAUUGUUAGUUUUUCUGCUUCCAGCAGACUCAGGAGAAAAGAUCUCACUAGGUAUAACAGUUUUAUUGUCUCUCACUGUCUUCAUGUUACUCGUAGCUGAAAUUAUGCCAGCAACAUCUGAUUCUGUGCCUUUAAUCGCUCAGUAUUUUGCCAGCACUAUGAUUAUUGUUGGUCUUUCUGUUGUUGUCACUGUUAUUGUUCUACAAUACCAUCAUCAUGAUCCAGAUGGGGGGAAAAUGCCUAAAUGGACAAGAAUCAUCCUUCUCAACUGGUGUGCUUGGUUUCUGAGGAUGAAAAGACCAGGGGAAGAUAAAGUGCGUCCUGCCUGUCAACAUAAACAGCGUCGAUGUAGCCUAUCAAGUGUGGAGAUGAACACUGUGAGUGGACAGCAAUCCAGUAAUGGGAAUAUGCUAUAUAUUGGGUUUAGGGGUCUGGAAGGGGUUCACUGCACACCUACCACUGAUUCAGGGGUGAUCUGUGGGAGGAUGACCUGCUCACCAACAGAUGAAGAAAACCUGCUGCACAGUGGCCACCCCUCUGAAGGUGACCCAGAUUUGGCCAAGAUCUUGGAAGAGGUCAGGUACAUUGCAAACCGGUUCAGAGACCAGGAUGAAGAGGAAGCCAUUUGCAAUGAAUGGAAGUUUGCAGCCUCUGUAGUGGAUCGGCUCUGCUUGAUGGCUUUUUCAGUCUUCACAAUCAUUUGUACAAUUGGCAUUUUAAUGUCAGCGCCAAACUUUGUAGAGGCUGUGUCUAAAGAUUUUGCUUAACUCCUAACUACAAUCUGAUUCUCUGAAGUAUGAUAUGUAGCAAAUAUGUGUGUUUUUGUUUGAUCGCUUGUUUUUAAUGAGUAUACUGCUUCUCAUUGUCCACUUUCUUUUAUCCCCCUCUCUGGUCCUGAGUUCCUUUUGGAAGAGUGGCACCAUUUCAGAAGGGAAGCCAAGGGUUUCUCCCCAGGCUGCCUGUGUGCAGCUCCUCUGAACACUCUUCUGUGGGAGAUGUGAAGUGGCUGCGAGUCCCUUCAGAAUGACAGGGUAUUGCACCACCAUCUCUUACACGUUUUUGAACUGGCUAUUACAAAACAACAGGUAGGCAAUGCCAGCAACGUCACUUCUUCCAGGCUUUGUUGUAAAAUACAGAAGGUGGUCCAUCUUGACUAUUUGAAUGAGUGAUCGUAAACAUUUCUGUUUAAGAGAAGAUUAAAUCCAAAUAGAUGUAAGCUCAAACAGCAGAGAGAAAAGGGAAAAAUAGUUUGCUUUUCAGUUACUGCUUCUUAUUGAGUUGUGAUAUGUAGGUCUCCAGCUCACUCAUAGCCAGUCAAACUGUAACUGCCUCCAUGCAUUUUAGAUAGAGCAUAUGUGACUUCACAGGAUUCUGAAUUUAUCUGAGACACCAGAAACCUGAAAGUUAAGAUGAUACACCACAUAACUUGUCCUUCUCUAUCUUUCUGUAUUUGACCUAGAAAUUUGGCCUGAAUUCUUAAACAGGCUUCACAGUAAUUUUUGCAGUGUUUACUACUUGUUCCUUCCCCCCUGAAAGACAUUCUUUUAACUGGUGACCUUUUUAACUAUCAAAAAAAAAAAAAAAAAAAAAGGAAGGAUUUAUGAUGCCUUUAUCCUCACUUGCUUAAAAAAAGAAAAAAAAAAAAAAAAAAGAAAAAAAUACACACACUUGUCUCUUUACUGUAUUCCAGUGUGGAAAAAGGAACUCAGUGUCUUAUACAGGCUUAAGUAUAAAUGAAGAAUCUAAAGUUCUAAAGAAAAGAGAAGACAUAGAAGACAUUAAAUCCUGAGAUCAAGGUUUUAAUUUAAAAACUAAAUGUUUGAUCUGUUGAAUGCUUAGCCUUUUAUAGACCUCUUUCUGUUAAGUCAACAUAACAUGUCUUUAAAAGAAAACAGCACCAUUUCUGCUCAGUUUAUCAUCUGAAGAGCACUAAUGAAUAAUAAAGCUUUCUUGGGUCUGAUAUAAACUAUGAACUGUAUUAAUAUAUAUUUAUGUAUACACACUGCAUAUACAUCAAAGGGAAUGUUAAGACUUAAAUACAGAUUCUCUUAAGUCUAGACAGACAUUUGCAAAGGCAAAAUCAAUAGUUCAUCACUUUAUGUUAUAUCUGAUUCUGAAAUUAUCCCAUCAAAAUAUGUUUAGUUUUCAUGUGACUUCAGUGUCUUAUUGAAAAGGACUUAGUUGAGAAAACAAGGACCUGAAACUUUGUAUGUACAAAACAGCUGAGAAUUAGUGCCCUGCUGGCACACCAGUAUUCCUGACCAGUGAUAUAAAUGGUAAAAGAUGUGAGGAAUGAUUACUUUGGCAUUGACUGCUUGCUUUAUCCUACAAAAUCCUGACUUUCUGGCUGAGGUCUUCAGCAACACAAAUGGAGGCCUAUGUUGUACUGUGUUUUAACUGUGAAAUAAACUCAGGGCCUCUGUUUAUUUCUUAAACUGGAUUAAAAUAAAGUGACUGACAUGCUUAUUCUCCCUAGGUAACAAUUUCCUUUUCAGAGUCCGUUCCUCUGAAAGCAGGAGAAUCAAAUUUCAUGUAAACCAAGACCAGAGUCAACACAGGUACAGUCCACCACCUGAGUGAACACCUUGCUCAAGCACUUUCAUGCCAGAGAAAAGGGCAGGAGGAGUGAAAGGAAGGCAGGGUAUUUCUCACAGUUUGUGUAUUCUGUCUUCUUGAAGGUUCAUUCAGAAUCUCACACUGCAAAGAUGUGAGCAACGCAUUCAAAUCCUUCUUGAAAGCUCAUCUCGAAACAAUGUUUCGGAGUUAUCUGUGAAGAAGUUAUGUAUUCAGGAACAACUAUUAAGAAUUAUCCAUGCAGUAAUUCCUGCAAAUAGUUUCUACUGUGUAUAUUACAUAUAAAUAGGAAACUGAGUCCAAAAUCUGAAAUGUGAGUUUUGUUCAUUUUUGAAUAUCAUAUCACGUGGCAUGUGCUGCUUUUCUGAGUGAUGUUUCUAGCCUAGGCUUCCUGACACGAACGUUGAUUUGCUCUGGUAUUGUUUUCCUUCUGCAAGUAGGCCUAAGUGGCUACACAGAAUGUUCCACUUAAGUGUUUGUAAAGUUUUGGGGUCCUCUAGGAGAAGAAUUUUUCAAGAAGAAAUUAAGACUUUGGGGGACUACCUUGUACAAUGGAUCACAACUACUGCAAUCAUAAUACAUAACACAUGUAAUAUAGGAAUAAUGAAAGUAACUCUUCAUCAGAAAUUUACAUUUACAGUGUCUGUAGAAAUCAUCUCGCUAAAUACAGGAGUUCUUUACAGAAGGAUGGAGAAAGCAAUUUACAGUCUGACAGUAAACUUCAUUAUCAGUGACAGACAUGCCUACACUUAAAAACUUGAGACUGGUAUUUGGCCUUCAGUGAAGUCCUGCCGAAGUCUGUAGUACUGACUUUGUAAUACUGUCAAGGUUUGUAAUAUUGUCAGUGAGUACCAGGUGUUAGACAAAGUAGCUCUAAGACACCAGCAUCAUGCCUACACUACUGCCUUUAUUUUUGGCAGGAUUAAUGAAAAUGCACCAAGGGGACAAAUCCUGAUUUUCUUACUGUUAACACAACCUGUAAACAUUUGGUAAUAAGAUUAUUAUAAAUUUUAAAUACAACAGUGACAAUUUCUCAUUUACGUUUUGCACCUAUGAGUUAAACUUUCCUAUAACUGAGCUGAGCAAAAUUGAUACGUUUCUUGUCAAACUGUGUGCAUCUUAAAUAUAUUUGUGUAUGCGUUAAACAAUAUUUUGAUCUAAAUGCUGGGAAAAAAAUAUUUACAAUUCUGGGCAUACAUAUGGAAAUUAAAUACUGUAUACAGUAUGUGUAUAUAAUAUUAAAGAGUACAUAUUGAUGGUAAGGAUCUGUUAUGAUCUUAAGAGUCCGGAGAGAGGAUAAGCACGUGGUUCACCACAACUAAACUAUGACUUGCCUGACAAAUUCAAACGCUCAGUCCAGAGCUCAGCUGUCAUGUACAAUACUAUGUGUGAACAAUGUAUAUUACUUUUUCUGGUUUUAUAUUGAAUUGUAUUGAAUAUUUUAAAAACUAUUUAAUAUUUUCAAAAUUUUAUUUAAGUGAUAAUGCCAAAAAAGUUCCAAACAUAAAAUUUUAAAAGGUUAGUUUUAAAUAUAGAUAAAUUAUUUAAACAGUAUUUAAAAUAUGAAAUUAUUUUAUAUAGGAAUUGAUAAUACUAUGUAAGACUUUUUUUAAAGGUUUCUUUAAAAUUCUCUUUACAUUCUCUCUAGCUGCAGGAUGUAAUCUCAGUUCACCUGUGACAAUUGAACUUUUCACCUUCUUUAACAAGAAAAGAAGGUAAGCCAAAGUCCCGAAUUCUCUUUCCUUUUGUUAUACUAUUUUUUUACAUUAAGAAACAUCACAUAAAGGGCAUUAGAAAGAGAUGUUACACCUGUCAGGUACUGAUUGUCAUAUAAUCAAUUCAAUACCUUUUCAGUCCAGUACAAAUAAAAGAUUUAGAUCAAGAGA